AACCGAUUUGUUCAAAAGAAAAUCAGUUUUGGCUUAGGUUAUCCGCAAAGUAACACACAAGACGGAAAAAACGUUUUCUUCAUUGUUUUUAACUUUUGUCGUAACUACGGACCACACGCUAGAACAGUGGUGCCGUUAAGUAAGUUUGGGAAAAUCGUUUGGCAACAUUAAAAGUAAAGAAAACAUUUUUAGUUUAGGAUUCGGGGUAUUUUCAAAAAUACGUCACAAUUCCUAGUAAUACGUCAUAAAUUUUGCUACACCGUCAUUUAAAAUCUAACUUCUAAUUAAAUUUUCCAGCAGAAACAAAAUUAUGCACUUAACAGCAAACGGAAGUUCUAUGGAAGCAUCGAGGUCGUUGAACAUUCCUGGAGGAACAACUGAUGGCCUUGAAGCAAUUCAUCUUCGUGCUUCGAAUCUCGCUUUGACUCGAUUUGAUGAACGCAUGCCAUUCCGUUCGCCAGGUGGCGGACAGGAGUCAAGGAAUAAUUUUAAUCACAGCACGACAAAAUCUUUUCAUUCUCGGGUCGCUUUAGCCAAACCAUCUAUUGACCGAAGAAAUAAUUUCGAUAAUAACGAUGGUCUAGCUGUGACGUUAUCAAAGCGAUUGUCAAUGGUUAUUCCAGGAAGUCAGACUGAGAUCGCCCCAGAGCCACAGAACAAACCUAAACCAAGCGUCCUGAAACAGCUAAUGACUCAACGACGCCGCAAAGUGGUUGUUUUGAUUGCCACAUUCGCUAUGAUUUCCAUUAUUGGUUUUAUUCUCACUGUCAUAUACGCCGCUUCUUUGACGUCACAAGUUGGUUUGAUAAUAAGCAUUAUUAUGUUUAUAAUCGGUACAUUUGGUGCCGCGAUCUCAACUUUUGUCUUCAACAAACCUGACCUAGAAACAAAGGAACGCAUUCGACGCCGAGAAGAUAUUUUUUCAAUGUUUAAAAAAAUCGAAUUCGAAGAAAAUGAAAAAGAAACAUCCACGUUUCUCUCCGAAAGAAUUAUACCACGAGCGCCAUCUGGCGGCAGUGAUCACAAUAUUUUAAUUAUAAAAUAAAAUAUUAAAAUG